AGAUUGUCCUUUGUCGACCGCUCUUACACCGGCAGCCAACUCCUCAUCUCCUCCGUUCUCACAGCCAGCCCCAGCGUUUUACGCACCCCUCUUUUUAUUCCCACCUCCUGUCAACAUCAUGUCUUACCGUUCCAGCGAGGCCAAGAAGGAGGAGUUCCGCAAGUAUUUGGAGUCCACUCAGGUAGUUGACGCCCUCACCCGCGUCCUCGUGAAUCUCUACGAGGAGGAGGAGAAGCCGGAGGACCCGGUCGACUACAUCAAGCGCGUGCUGGGCGGCGCGUCCUCGGCGGACUACGAAGCGUUGCAGCAAGAAAAUGCUCGCCUGCGCGCAGAGGUGGAGUCCCUCAAGAAGCAGCUCAACGAACAGCGUUAA